UGGCGGCUGGGGAGAGGCGUGGACGGAGUAGGCGCUUUCCAGCCGGGACCUCGGGUUGAGGUGGAGGCAGGGUCACCAGGAAAGUUUGCAGGGGCCGGGGGCGCAGGGGAAGAGGGGGCACGGCGGAGCCCGCGCAUGUGCGCGGGGGCGGAGGAUGCACGGUCUGGAGCUCUUGCUGGCCGAGCCAGAAGAAAGGGGGGAGGGGGCGAGGGCUUGGGGCGGGGCCGGGGGCGGGCUGAGCUGCCGAAGGGACCCCCGCCUUCGCCUUCUCCCGGGCCCGCGCUGGUCCCCUCCUACAGCUCCCUCGGCACGCCCCCAGCCACCUCAGUCCGCCCCGACCCGGUCCGCGUCCCCAGUCCCUUGUCUCUUCGCCGGCUGCUUCACAUCCCGCGCACAGCAGGUUCUGCCGCAUGUGAUGAAAGUGUCUGCUCUCAGGGAAGGUACAGCCAUGGCUUCCCCACCACCCCAGGAGUUGGAGGAGGAGCUGGUAUCUGCUGGCUCCGAGCCAGGUGACACUCGGGCCAAACCCCCCGUUAAGCCCAAACCCCGGGCCCUGCCCUCCAAGCCAGCCUUGCCUGCCAAGCCCAGCCUGCUGGUGCCUGUUGGGCCUCGGCCCCCCCGGGGUCCCCUGGCUGAGCUACCUUCUGCCCGGAAGAUGAACAUGCUGGCGGGACCCCAGCCCUAUGGUGGCAGCAAGCGUCCCCUUCCCUUUGCAACAAGGCCCACGUCCGAGGCCUCUGCUGGAGGAGAGGUCACCCGAGAGACUGGGAAAGAGGAGGCUGGGAAAGAAGAGAUGCCCCCGUUGACACCCCCAGCUCGAUGUGCCGCCCCAGGGGGUGUGCGGAAGGCCCCUGCCCCGUUCCGUCCAGCCUCGGAGCGCUUUGCAGCCACCACAGUAGAAGAGAUCCUGGCCAAGAUGGAGCAGCCACGGAAAGAAGUCCCAGCCAGCCCUGACCGCCUCUGGGGCUCCCGCCUCACCUUUAACCAUGAUGGCAGCUCAAGAUACGGCCCCAGGACUUAUGGUGUGGCCUCCGGUCCCAGGGAUGAGGACGGUGGGCCCCUCUCCAGGGGAUGGUCCCAGGAGGGGCCAACAAAGUCUCCCACACAGUGCCCGGAAGAGCACAGCAAGACCCCCAAGGAGAGGAGCCCUGCUUCGGACCAGGCCUUCAACGGGCACCUUGCUCAGCCAGCCAGCUCUGAGCCACCUACUGACGUUGCCAAGCUCUGGGCCCUCUCAAGUCCAGGCCCUGCCUCAGAGAAUGGAGGGUCUGCCAGCCCAGGCCUUGCCACUGAAGUCUCAGAUCCAGCCCCCGGGUCUCCCCAUCUUCUCUCACCCCAUGAGAGCUCUCCCCGCCACUCUCAGCUUCCAGAAACCCAGAGUCCAGCAGCUGCUGGGGCUUCUCCCUGCCUCCCUGAGACUCCAGCAUCCCCAACUGCAGCCCUGCCUGAUGAGGGCUCCCGCCAUCCCCCAAGCCCAGGGCUCCCUGCUGCUGGGGUCCCAGAGGCCGCCAGAACCAAAAGCCCUCUCCUUGAGAAAGUCUCAGGGUGCCACAGCUCAGAGCAGCCCCCAGCCACCUCGCCCCAACCCCUGAGGGCUGAGGGUGGGUUGCUGGAUCUCGCUCGGACGUUGCCCUCUGAAGAGGAGGUGGCCAAGAGUGUUGCAGACCUUCCCCAUGUUGGCCUGGCUCAACGCCGGUUUUCUGAAGGUGUGCUCCAGCCGCCCGGCCAAGAGCAGGAGAAGCUGGGGGGCUCGCUGGCUGCCCUGCCCCAAACACAGGGGAGCCAGUCAGCCCUGGAUCGUCCCUUUGGGAAUGGGACAGAGUCCAACUGGUGCUUGUCUCAGUCCUUUGAGUGGACCUUCCCCACGCGGCCUUCAGGUCUGGGGGUGUGGCGACUGGACUCGCCGCCUCCCUCCCCCAUCACUGAAGCUGCUGAGGCCGCCGAGGCUGCUGAGGCUGGAGACUGGGCUGCGUCCAGCAGGGAGGAAGGAGUGUCCCAGCAGGGGCAAGGGGCCCGGUCAGCUCCAGAGGAGCCAGGAAGGCCUGGUUCCUGGGUGCAGGCAGGUGAUUCGGGCACCUCCCCAACCCAAGAGGACGAUGGAGAGAGUCAGCCUCAGUCCCCAGCUCUUCCCCUCGAGCCUCUGCCAACAACAGGGGGCCCACCUGGACCAGCUUUGCUGCAGGCAGAGGAGAGAGAUGAGGACCGGGAGCCCUUGGCUGCACAGGAGUCCCCUCUUCCUCUGGCCACCAGGGAGACUGCCCUGCCUGUCCUGGAGCCGGUCCUGGGGCAGCAGCAGCCAGCAUCCCCUGACCAGCCUUGUGUCCUCUUUGCUGACACUCCUGACCCUGAGCAGGCACUGCCUGCCGAGGAGGAGGCCGUGACCCUGGUCCGGGCUGAGACCACCCAACCCAGGGCAGAGGCUCAAGACUCCUGUGGGGCGUCCCCCGAGCCUGCAGGCCCUGAAAGCAGCUCCCACUGGCUGGAUGACCUCCUGGCUUCCCCACCACCCAGUGCUGGCAGUGCAAGGCGGGGAGCUGGAUCUGAGCUGCAGGACACGCAGACCCCGAGUGCCUGCUCUGAGGGACUCCUUGGCUGGGCCCAGAAAGAUCUGCAGAGUGAAUUUGGGAUUGCAGCAGACCCACAUCCCAGCGGUUUUAGUCCUUCCAGCUGGUCCCAAGACACUUCUCAGGACUAUGGCCUUGGGGGUGUGAGCCCUAGAGGGGACCCAGGCCUUGGAGAGAGGGAUUGGACCAGCAAGUGUGGGCAAGGAGCAGGGGAAGGGAGUGCCAGGGAGUGGGCCAGCAGGUGUGGCAUCGGCCAGGAGGAGAUAGAGAUCAGCGCCCAAGAUGGGAGUGGAGGGCUCACAGCCCAGGACCAGGUGAUUGGAAAGCUGACCCAGCUUGGCACUCAGCAGAGCCGCGAGGCGGAUGUUCAGGACUGGGAGUUCAGAACAAGGGAUUCCCAGGGCACUUACUCCAGCCGGGAUGUGGAACUCCAGGACCAGCAAUUUGGGAAGAAAGAUUCGCUGGGUACUUACAGCAGCCGGGAUGCGGAACUCCAGGACCAGCAAUUCAGGAAGAGAGAUUCGCUGGGUACUUACAGCAGCCGGGAUGUGGAACUCCAGGACCAAGAAUUUGAGAAGAGAGAUUCGCUGGGUACUUACAGCAGCCGGGAUGCAGAACUCCAGGACCAGGAAUUUGGGAAGAGAGAUUCGCUGGGUACUUACAGCAGCCGGGAUGCGGAACUCCAGGACCAAGAAUUUGGGAAGAGAGAUUCGCUGGGUACUUACAGCAGCCGGGAUGCGGAACUCCAGGACCAAGAAUUUGGGAAGAGAAAUUCGCUGGGUACUUACAGCAGCCAGGAUAUGAGCCUUCGGGACUGGGAAUUUGGGAAGAGAGAUUCGCUGGCUACUUACAGCAGUCAGGAUGCAGAUGAGCACAACCAGGAAUUGGGAAAGAAAGACCACCUUGGCAGGUACAGCAGCCAGGAUGCAGACAAGCAGGACCAGGAAUUUGGGAAGAGAGAUCCUUCUCUGAGCACCUACGGCAGUCGGGAUGCAGAGCAGCUGGACCGGGAUUUUGGGAGGAGUGCCUGGAUGAGGGACUACAGCAGCAGCGGCAGCCCCACAGCCCUCGGCCCCCAGGACAGAGGCUUCGGAAUGAGAGCCCUGAGCGCCGGGUUCAGCCUUGAGGAAGCCCAACAACAGGAUGAAGAGUUUGAGAAGAAGAUUCCAAGUGGUGGAGACAGCCCGGGCAAGGCCAGUGGGGAUGCAGGCCAGUCUGAAGAGAGAGAGUCAGGGGACUUGUUCAGCCCCAGCACCCCCCAGUCACAGGAUGGGGCACUGGGGCAGAGGGACCGGAACAGCUGGCAAGGCAGUGGUGCCAGCCAAGAGGUUGGAGGGCUGCAGGGGAGACAGCAGGCAGGAGGCCAGAGCCCAGGUGAUGCUGACCAGGAAGACAGGGAGGUGGGGCAGAGAGGCUGGGCCAGCGACUUCAGCCUCGGUGUUGUCCACCAGCCAGAGGUGGCCUUCAGCCCGGGGCAGCGAGACUGGAGUGGUGACUUCUGCCUAGAGGAUACUGAGAGGAGCCAUCAGUUUGGCAUCAUCGGCAAUGACAGAGUGAGCGGUGCUGGCCUGAGCUCUUCCAGCAAGAUGGACCACUUUGUGUCUCCUGAGAAGACCUCGGCCGGGCCUGUGGACUGGACUGACCAGCUGGGCCUCAGGAACUUGGAAGUGUCCAGCUGUGUGCGUUCUGGGGGCUCGAGUGAGGCCAGGGAGGAUGCUAUGGGACGGAUGGGCUGGUCAGACAACCUGGGCUUGAGAGAUGUGGACCUGGCCAGCUGUUUGGAGACUGGAGGGUCUGAGGAGCCCAGGGGGAUUGGAGUCGGGGAGAAGGAGUGGACUUCGGAUGUUGGGGUGAGGGGCAGAGAUUUGGCUGGGGCAGGGGAAGUAGAAGGCCACAGCCAGGCCAGAGAGAGUGGCGUGGGGCAGACCGACUGGUCAGGUGUGGAGGCCGGAGAGUUCCUUAAAUCAAGGGAGCGUGGAGUGGGACAGGCAGACUGGACACCUGGCCUCGGGCUGAGGAACACGGCCCCAGGGGCAGGCUGCAGCCCCAGGGAGCUCAGGGCGGGCCAGGCGGACUGGGGUAGCAAUCUGGGCCUGAGGAAUUUGGAGAUGCCAUGUGACCUGGAGUCUCGAGGUUCUUGGGAGCCACGGGGAUGUGGAGUGGGACAGAUGGACUGGACCCAGGACUUAGCGCUCCGAGAUGUGGAGCUCUCUAGGGCCUUGAGUGAAGCCAGGGAGCACGGGGUAGGAGAGGUCAGCCAGUGCCCAGAGCUAGGACUCAGGGACAACGGUGUUCUGUCCCCUGGUCUGGAGGCCAGAGACCCCUCAGAGGCCAGGGAGCUGGGGGUCGGAGAGACAAGUGGGCCAGAGACCCAGGGCAAAGACAACUCCUUACCUUCCUUGGAGACCCGCCCUGAGGACCUCCGAAUGGAGACAGGAGAAGCCUCCCGCUUUGGAGCCAGCUCCGGCGGGUGCCCAGCCCGCUCCCCGCCCUCUGGCUCCCAGGGCCUGCUGGAGGAGAUGCUGGCUGCCAGCAGCUCCAAGGCAGAAGCCCGGAGGGAGUCAGCAGCCUCUGGCCUCAGGGACCUGUUAGAGAAGGAAGGAGCCACAGCAGGUGCUGACCUAGGGGAGCCUCUGGAGCCUAGCAGGGACCCUGUGCCCUCCUGGAGGCCCCAGCCUGAUGGCGAAGCCAGCCGGACAGACGAGGUGGAUGGCACGUGGGGCCCUGCAGGGGCCGGGCAGGGCAAGCAGGGCCCGACGCGGCCCCCUCAAGACCCUCCGCCCAGGUCCCCCAGUCAGGACUUCUCCUUCAUUGAGGAUACCGAGGUCCUCGACAGUGCCAUGUAUCGGAGCCGUGCCAAUCUGGGGCGCAAGCGUGGGCACCGGGCCCCGGCCAUCCGGCCGGGGGGUACCCUGGGCCUCUCGGAGGCGGCAGACUCAGACGCACGGCUGUUCCAGGACUCUACAGAGCCACGAACUUCUCGGGUGCCAUCUUCAGAUGAGGAGGUAGUGGAGGAGCCUCAGAACCGCCGGACACGGAUGUCCUUGGGCACCAAGGGGCUGAAAGUCAACCUCUUUCCUGGCCUGAGCCCAUCAGCCCUGAAGGCCAAGCUGCGCUCCCGGAACCGCUCAGCUGAGGAGGGAGAGCCAGUGGAGAGCAGGUCCGGCCAGAAGGAGUCUGCGGUCCAGCGCUCCAAAUCCUGCAAGGUCCCAGGGCUGGGGAAGCCCCUUGUGUUACCUCCCAAGCCAGAGAAAUCCUCAGGGUCAGAAGGAUCGUCACCCAACUGGCUGCAAGCCCUGAAGCUGAAGAAGAAGAAGGUCUGAGAAGUCACUAGGUACUUCCCAUCCGGCAGUCUCAGGCAGUGCCCUUUCCUGUGGGGACCCCAGCGGGGAGAUGGCUGGAGCCCCACCAUGCCCCAGGCUGCAGCCUCUGUCCCCCAUCCACCUCUGAGGAGCGUCUGGGGAGGCACAUUUAUGCACUUUGUAUCACCAUUCCAACUUUCCCCCGACACCUUCCCUCCCAGCCUGGAUUCAGUCACUAGUGGUCGAAGGUUUUUGUCCCUCCCUCCCUUCCGCUCUUCCCACAUCCCUUUCUGCUUCCUCCUCCAGCCUCCCUUGGGUUUUCUUUUGAUACCAGUUUAUAGCAUUUUUUAUGAAAGCCUUUGAUUUUUGUAAUGGGCGGAGCCCAGCCGCAACCCCGGUCUCCUUCCGCCCUGCCAGGUGCCCCAAAGAGACCAAUAACAUUUUGCCACUUAAAACAAUAAAGGUUUUUGGGAAUUGGU